AACCAGACGAGAAGUAAAGAGUAUUUUCGUCAUGUCAAAAACCAAUGCAUACCCAACUCAAACGUAAAACGUCACAAAUAAAAACUAUGCUAAAAUGGUUCUCCGUUUUUGUUGACGAGAGGAGAGGCUUUGAAGAUGACGAAAAGAAACAUUAUUGUCAUGGUGAUGAUAAAUAUUUUGCAUGUGACAGCAAGAGCCUUUCGCGUUUCUCAGUCAGCAUUCAUUGCUUUCAAUAAUGGUCUCGUCGUCAUUGGCUGCGUGGAAUUGGCACUUUCGUCAGGUGAUGGAAACGACAGGUUUAAAAUCAUGGCGUUAGCGUUCAGCUUCUGUAGGCAACUAAGACCGAGAAGCGACGACGGCUUGAUUAUUUUUUUUCAAAAAACAGUAAAACUGCGAUGGCCUGCUCUGUAACACUUGGGCGAAAGAGACGGGGAGAUGUUUGGGAACACUUCGAAUAUCAAGAAGCCGAGGACCUAACUGAAUGCCGUGUGGUUAUGAUUGAUGGCGAGAAAUGUGGCCACACACUCAAAGGCAAAAACACAACUAACUUGAAGAGGCAUCUGAAAAAAAUUCAUACGGACAUCCAGAUUCCAGAACGGACACCACAGAAACCCAAGAGAAAGCCCAGCAGCAUUCAAAUGUAUAACGAAAACGCCCCUGAACAACGUUGUAAAGAGCAGGCAAUUGCCCAAUGGAUUGGCCGUACUGGCCUGCCAGCAAGAAUUGUCGAAGAUGAAGAAUUCAUUCAGAUGAUGGGAAGUAUGGACAAAAAAUUCAAUGUGCCUAAAAGACAAAAAAUUCUGAAUCUCAUUGAAAACAUGUAUAUAGAAGAGAAGGGAAAGAUCAAACGAAGCCUUUCCCAAGCGCGCAGGGUUACCACGGGCCUGGACAUCUGGACCAAGAAGGGGCUCACUGCCUCUUUCCUGGGUGUCAGUGCAUGCUACUUCAAUCCUGAAAGCAAUAAGGCUGAACACAAACUUCUUAGCUUGAAAGAACUGGCACAUCCACAUACGGGGGAAGCAAUUGGUGCGCUGGUGGAGGAGUCUAUGGCGGAAUGGGGCAUCCAAAGAGACAAGAUAAUUACAACCAUCACUGAUAACGGCAGCAACAUGGUGGCUUCAUUUCGCAGUGAAGCCACCGGAACAUCUGACUGUUCCGAGGACGAGCACAGCGAGGACCCCAAUGACUAUGAUGUGGAAGGAGAGGAUGAGAGGUCAGUCUGUGUAUGA